GAAUAAUACAUAUUGUUGUAAUUUUCUCAGUAUUUUAUUAUUAUGGUAAUUUAAGCGCAAGAAUAUUUUAAUAUCUUGAUCACUGAGAUAGUGAACUUACAAAAAUGAGUUAUAAUACACGUCUUACAGAAGAAUGUCCUUUGACAAAGGAAAAAGAUUAUAAAUAUAGACUAUGCUCCUGCAAUGGACUGAGAUUUAUCAUUAUUUGUUUUCUUGCAUUAACUUUUGCUAUCACUACUAUGCUAGUGUUGCAAAUUUACUACACCGAAAGUAUACCACAGAUUAGCCUUCAUGGAGCAGUUGCUACUGAUUAUUCAAAUUGUUCUCAAAUUGGUACCAAAAUACUUAGAAGAUUAGGCAAUUCAGUGGAUGCUGCAAUAGCGGCAACUAUUUGCAUGACUGUAGUGGCACCCCAUAAAACUGGACUUGGCGGAGGUGGUCGUAUAAUGAUAUAUAAUUAUAAAAAUUACACUCAUCCCAUUGUUAUUAAUAUUGUAAAUAAUACAGCUAAAGAAGGUGAAGUACGUUUGCCAAUUUUAUUACAAGGAUUGGAAUUUGUUCAAGAAUCAUAUGGCAGCUUGCCAUGGCGUGAUAUCGUAGAACCCUCUGUUAAAUUAGCUCGAGAAGGAUUUGUUGUAUCUAAGGAUUUUGUCAAUGAAUUAUCGAGAAAUGCACACUACGGGAUGCUUUAUGGUUCUUUAAAUCCGGGUGAUACAUUGCGUUUGUCAGAACUUGCAAACACAUUAGAUAUUGUGGCAAAAUAUGGUUCAAAAGUUUUAUACAACGGUACUGUGGCGCAUAAAAUUUUACACAAUGGAAUUCUGCAUGAAGAAUCAUUGGAACAGUUAGCGAGUUACAAUCCUGCUGUCACAAGUGCAAAAAGUUCAACAUUACAUGGUUAUACAGUUUACUAUCCGUCAGACGCAUCUUUUAUGCAAACAGUGAUUGAAGCACUGGAAAGUCUUCCAAUCUUCGCAAAAAAUGCAUCCACGAUAGAAUCGCAAGCUCUUAUUGCUCAUGCACUGAUGUAUUUGAAUUUACCAUUUUUUCAAAAUAUGCAACAUGCAAAAACAGAAACAUACACUGGAGUUAUGGCAAUGGAUUGGCAAGAUACAUACGUCAGCAUCUUAUCCGGUUUGAGUUCACCUCUUGGCCUUGGAAAUAUGACUGACGCUGGAUUUUUAUUAGACAACAUCGAUGAUGACAAUUUAUCCACAUUUAUUCCUAUAAUUUUUCACUCUAAAAAAGGAAUAUGUGGACUACGUGGAGUGUUUGGUUCAAACGAUGCUUUUCUCAAUGGACAAAUUCUAUACAAUCUUAUCAUUCGUGCUUUGAACGUUUCCACUGCAAUAGAAUAUCCCAGAUAUUAUUCUGUUCCAUCUGGUGUGAUGAUCGAAAAUAAUCAAAGACAUUCGAUGGACGCUGCUUUGCAAGCACGAUUGCGUCCUAUGAUAUCCUCAUUGCCUACUGACGAUAGUUUAUUCAUAAAAAGUGUAAAUGCAAUAAUUAAAACGAAAGAUUUGUUAUCGAGUCAUUCCGAUAGCCGUGGAAACGGAAUCGCAUCGCGAUUCUAAAUACGUAUGCUUUGUUACAAGCAUAUACAGUCGUG